AUGACUACACCAAUAAGAUCACAAUCGGAUGUAGUGGAGUUAGCGUCAAUCACAGUAACCUCGAGAAUUCCCGAAUUCUGGUGCGACCAGCCGAGACUAUGGUUCGUACAAUGCGAGGCAGUACUCAACCCGCAAAAAUUCAGUGAUGAAGUAAAAUUCAACCACGUGAUCGCCAAAUUGGGGAAGGAUGUAGUGCAACAGGUGAGCGAUAUUCUUUUGCAUCCGCCGGAGGUCAAAAAGUAUGAAGCUCUCAAGGCCCGUUUAUUGACCGUGUUUGAAGAAUCGGAGACUCGCCAGUUUCAAAAACUGUUGAGCGAGAUAGAGCCGGGGGAACAAAAACCCUCACAACUUUUGAGGCGGAUGAGAGACCUCGCUAGAGAUAAAAUUCCGGAUGACACUCUCCGUAUACUGUGGCAAGGACACCUUCCAUCGUCAGUCCGCGUUGGACUUGCAGUCACCGAGGUUAAGGAGUUGGAAAAUCUCGCCGUCAUCGCCGACAAGAUCGUGGAAACUUCGAAACCCAUGCAGAUCGCGGAAAUAGCCCAUAUAAAGCCCCACACGUCGACCGAUACCGAUCGGAUAAUGGCAGAAAUAGCCAAACUUAGCUGCGAAGUUGCGGAAUUAAAAAGAACAAGGCCAAGAUUUCAACACCGUCGAGAUGGCGGUCGCUCACGCUCAACAUCCCGAAAUCGAAGUCGUGAUCCUUCGUCACAAAGACCGCGGCGCACUCCGGAGAGCCCAGAUUGGCUAUGCUAUUACCAUCACCGUUUCCGCGCGAGGGCAAUCAAAUGUGCAAAACCUUGCGCGUGGAGAAUACACCCGGAAAACUAG